UCCCUCAAUCCCUUCCUUCAUUAUCCUAAACCACAGUUGUUUAAAUCUCAUUUCAAACCUCUUUCCAUGGAUCCUGAGUUGCAGUCCUUCAAGCCAUCCUUCUCCUUCCCUGACUUCAUGGAUCCCAAUUUGGAGCUAAUGGGUCACUAUUCCGCUUCCAACCCAGUUGUUCUAGACAACCCAUCUCUGAAUUUCACCAACCUCUUGCCUUUCUCAAACGACAUGUUCAUCCCUCACCACCAAACCCCACCAGAAUUCCCACAGAGUUUAGGAGACUGUAACAGCUUCCAAAUUAUGCAGCAAGCCCCUCCGGAUCCCCCAGUUUGUGCUGAAUUUCAUGAGAUGAAGAAGAGAAGACCCAUGGAUGUUUCAGAGAGCAGCUCUGGAAUUUCAACUUCGGAAACAGGGUUGUUCAACGCCAAAAAUAGGUCAGGGAAAGGAAAGAGAUUGAAAAGUAUAGAGAAAGAAGAAGAGAAAUCAAGAAGAGAAGUGGUGCAUGUCAGAGCUAGAAGAGGGCAAGCCACUGAUAGCCACAGCUUAGCUGAAAGGGUGAGAAGAGGAAAAAUCAACGAAAGACUAAGAUGCUUGAAAGACAUUGUCCCAGGAUGCUACAAGCAGACCAUGGGCAUGGCAGUCAUGUUGGAUGAGAUAAUCAACUAUGUCCAGUCUCUGCAGAAUCAAGUAGAGUUCUUAUCCAUGAAGUUAGCUGCAGCUAGCUCGUUGAAUGACUUCAACUCGAAGGCCGACGUGCUAUCAAAAUUACAGGCAAGAGCACAUGAAGCAAGAGAAUUGGAGAGAUUGAUGAGAGAAGGAUAUGGAGGAGUAGCUUGCUUCCACUCAACUUUGCCUCUUUGACUUCUGUUUCUGGAUGUUGACUUCCAUUACCC